UUUCUGAUGUCCGGAUGUCAAUGGGGAGCUCAUUCCACCAUUUAGGAGCCAGGACGGAAAACAGUCGUGUUUUUGAUGAGUGUUUAGCUCGCAGUGAGGGAGCAACGAGCUGAUUGGCCGAAGCAGAGCGGAGUGAACGGGGUGGGGUGUAACGUUUGACCAUGUCCUGGAUGUAGACUGGACCGGAUCCGUUCACACCAUGGUACGCAAGUACUAGUGUUUUGAAGCGGAUGCGAGCAGCCACUGGUACCCAGUGAAGGGAGUGGAGGAGAGGAGUAGUGUGAGUGAAUUUAGGUUGGUUAAAAACCAGUCGAGCUGCUGCAUUCUGGAUGAGCUGCAAAGGUCGGAUGGCAGUAGCAGGCAGACCUGCCAGGAGGGAAUUACAGUAUUCUAGGCGUGAGAUGACCAGAGCCUGGACCAGAACCUGCCUCGCCUUCUGAGUGAGAAGGGGGCGUAUUCUCCUGAUGUUGUACAGCAUGAAUCUACAGGACCGUGUUGUUGCGGUAAUGUUGGCAGUAAGGGAGAGUUGGCUGUCGAGUGUUACGCCCAGGUUCCUAGCCGUCUGAGUGGGGGUUAACACAGAGUUUUCAAAGUUAAUAGUCAGGUCGUGGAUGGGAGAGUCUUUCCCUGGAAGGAAAAGAAGGUCAGUUUUGUCGAGGUUAAUCUUCAGGGGCCUUAUUUCAAAACUUGUAAUCCAGAUCAGAAUGAUCCGGAUAACCAAAUCCCCCUGUCCUCAGCCACGGAUCAACCUGAUCUAUCCCGGUAUUUCAAAACUUUGCUGGAUUGGAUCAGAGUGAUCCUGAUACCGGCAGAUUGGGAUGUCCAAAUCCAUCCCGCCCCCUGGAUCACAGACAGGAAACAGGAAAUGGAGCCAACAUUUUACAGAAAAAGGAGAAGCUAGCUCAACUAUUGUCUCUGAAUUAAAGUAUAAUCUUAGCCAGUGUUGAUGCGUCCUCAGACUAGAUGAAAGGCAAUCAUUAUAUUGAGUUAACCAAUUAUGUAAAUCAGCACAAAGUUGAAAGAAGAGCUCGGCGAUCUCUAAUUAAGCAGAGUUUGCGCUAAUGCGAGCUAACGCUGCUCCAUUGACUCCUGUGUUAAGGAGCUAACAAGCUAGUAAAUAGGCUAGCGUCUGUAUGUCGCGGUCCACAGUCCAUUUGAAUGCAUUCACUCGCAAGGCAUUGUGUGUAGAUUUUAAAAUGUGUUGUACAUAUCUUUUUAGGAAACAGUUGUUAACAAAGGGGACAGCCCUAAAACCUUAAUAUUAGAUUUUCUUUACAGAUGUCUGUGGGAAGAGACUUGCACAGACUUGCUCCAAAUGGCAUUACUUUUUGAGCUUUGGCUAUGAAAAUUAAGUGUGUGUGCUGAAUGCAUGUGAAUAAAAACAUUUGACAGAGUUUCAGUGGAGGCCUUUAUCAGUGGGUAACUUAACAAAAAAAACUGUUACUUAUAUAAGGCAUUCAUAUUCAAACUUAAACAUACAAAUCGAAGUUUUGUUAAACAAAAGCACCAGUUUAAUAAAUCACAUUGUUUUUCCUUCAUAAUUCCUUGUUAAUUGGAGUUUGUAAUGUCACUUACACGCAGUAGUGUAAUGUUUAUUCUGUGUUGCACUUCUGACGCCGAUUUGUUAAAGCAUUGCAGUGAACAGCGUGCAUGUUUGCAGAAAAAAAAAAGGAACGUGAAAAGGAAAUAAACAUUUAUCAAACAGCAGUGAAGCUUAGUUGUAUUAAACAAAGAACUUUGGGAGCAGUUACACUUCAACUGUUCAAAUCUUAACAUGUAAUCUCCCUCAAAUCCACCUCAGGGUGAUCCUGAUUUUUAGGAUCAAACUGAUCCAGAUUUCCCACUUAAGUUUUGAAAUACUCAACAGCAGCUUUUAAUCCGGAUCAAAGGCAGGAUUGGAUUGCCAAAUCUGAAUCUGAAUCUUCAGGAUCAGAUUUGCUUUGAAAUACCCGUUUUUAGGAUCUGAUCAGGAUUUAAUCCAAUCCAGGUGGAUUAAUCCUGUCGGAUCAUUUUGAAAUACCGGCCCCAGGUGGUGUUGAGACAUCCACUGAGAGAUGUCGGUCAGACAGGCAGUGAUUCGUGCUGCUACCUGUGUUUCUGAUCGGGGAAAAGACAGGAUUAGUUGGGUGUCAUCGGCAUAGCUAUGGUAGGAAAAGCCGUGUGAGUGAAUGACAGAGCCGAGGGAGUCAUUCACUCCAAAGACUCGUACCCGGCAGAUGAACGAAUCGUUCACCUCACGACCGUGUCUUCAGAUCAGUGACUCGUUCUUCUGCCAACGGAGUCUUCGGAUCAGUGAUUCGUUCAUCUGCCGGAUACGAGUCUUUGGAUCAUUUUCCACGUGACCUGCAGCAGCCUAUACAACAGUCCCAAUGCGCGGCCACGAGAAAAUGAACGAAUCACUCUUUGAGAGGACUCGUUACUCCCGAGUCCUUGUAACGAUUCGUUCACGAACGACACAACACUAGUCAGAAAGCAUCCAUGCCUGACAGAGCUAGGCAGUCGUAAUGACUGGCUUGGAUGGAUGUACAGUCUUAAAUAUAAGAUGGGAAAUUACAGGUCGAAGCUCCGAAGCCUUGGAUUUCCUGAGGUUGUCUGCAACUCACUUAAGAACAAGCACCCGGAUGACAGGUCUGCUGCAAAGAAUAUAAAGAAAGCACGGAAAGGAGAAGUGGUGUUUCUCCCACACUAUCCUGCAGGAGACAGUAUAGAACAACAAGAGAUGGACCGAAACCAACAAAGAAGAGAGAGAGCACAGUCAUCAAGGACUUGAUGUGCAGAACUUUUGCACAUAGGAGACAUGAGGUUGUCACCCUACAGAUGAGCAUCAGUGACAUCAAGGACAGAUGGCCCGCCUUGUUUGAUGUCUCGCAAGUUAGUGCAGAGUUUCAAAGGAUCAUCACACUGAAUCUUGAGCCAAAAUUCAUGGCAAUGUUGGACUUCUAUUCACCUAAACUGCUGUCCUUGUUUCAAACGAAGAAAGGUGCUGCAGGAGAGAGACAUCGGGCACAAAUGAGUGUUCUACUUAAGAGUGGAAUCCCCAUUCAACAGACCCGGGAGGUUGUCAUCCGAUGUCUCAUCAAUCAUUUGGGAGAAGAUGCCAGUGCCUUGUUCAAGGACUUUGAGGAUGCUGCUGAUGGAUCUGCCAGUGUUCAAGAGGAGUUGGCAGAAGAGGUCAUGAAGAUUUACCUGCUGCGGAAACAAGAUGGGUCAUUGGAUGUCGGGCUUGUCAUUGAGGGCAACACUGUCCUCAGCAGUCUUGGAGAUGUUAGCAGGGCCUGCUGCUAUCUUUUGGGACUGACGUACGCGUUAGAUCUGCAAUACCCCAAGAACUUCAAACAUAGUUUUGAGGUAUUCCAGAAAGUACUGCUGGAGCUGGAUUCUGGAAACCUUUCCAACAAGGUUCAGAGACUAAAGAAUUACCUCUGUAAGUAGUGACUGGCUACUGUUCAGCAAGAUGCUCUCUUAGUUAGGGAAUUUUUCAUUGGCAAGUCUAAAGUUUAGCUGAUGUACUGUUGUCUUAAUGUUUACAUAAGACUUAAGGUUUCCAUUCAUAGUGAAAUUGCAUGUUGGACUGUUCUUGUUUUCUGAUGUGGAACUUUAAUGUGAAAUAUCACUGUUUUUGGUGCAUUUCAGGAGGAUGCAAAAUGUUGUCCUUGGUGCAUUUUAGACAUGCAAAAUGUCAUUGUUCUGUUCAGACCCAACCAGACCAGUCACACCCCCUGAGGGACUCAUUAUGGCUCCUGGUCACCGCCUGGUAGAGAGUUUAGUUAAAGCAACAAAAAGAAAACAGAGAUAAAUAUGGAGGAUGUAGCUAUUUGUCUUUACUCAGACCCAGGAAGUGAAACAUAAAGACAAGAAAGACUAGUAUAAGUAUAUUCAUGUUAAGAUGCUUUAAAAAGAGAUUUGAUUGGUUUGGCAAUGCACUUUGACUGUUGGAACUUGCAACUCAAUUAGCUGAAUGUAAUUAUAGUUAUUGUAUAACAUGGUAGACAUUUAUUCAUUCUUCAACUCAUGGUAUAUUAUCUAGUUUCUUUUAACAUGGUUUAUUCUUGCCAGUGAGCAUGUGACAGUGUCCAUGUGAGCAUCAGGCUGAAUGCACCAAGAAUUAAUAAAUGUCUACCAUGUUAUACAAUAACUAUAAUUACAUUCAGCUAAUUGAGUUUGGAUUUAAACUUGAUGAUUUAUAAUUGUCAAAACAGACAAAUAAAUGUUUACUUAAAAAUG